AUGGAUAUACUCUUGUCCCGGUUGGACGCCCUUGCGCUUAACCCGGAUCUCGCGCCGUUUCUGGCCAUCCUCAAGGGCGCGCGCAAUGGCAUCGUCUAUGGGUCCAAAGUGCGAUUUCCGCAUGCUUUGGUGAUGAUAUUUCUCUUCCGGUCUGGGACAUUCCGGGAAAAGCUCAAACUCGUUCUCAAAGCAACUCGUCAACAUGCGCGAAACCUCGCUACAUUCGCUGUCGUUUACAAGACCUCCAUGCUUGUAUUGAAGACUAUCAAUCCCGGCGGUGCUGGGAAGGAGGGCCGAUACGAUAGCUUCUUCGCCGGGUUGUUGGGCGGAUACACUGUGUUCGGACGGCAGCCGGGGAGCGUUAGCCAACAGAUUGUCAUCUACGUCUUCGCUCGUGUGAUGCUCUCCCUCGCCAAGCUGGCCAUCCAAGAGAAUAUGCACCCCCUCUCCUCUCUAAUCACCCCAGAAGCCCGCGCGCAGAUCACGAACAACGCCUGGCCCGUGUUCGCGAGUCUGACCUGGGCUUUUGUCAUGUAUAUCUUCCGUUGGUAUCCUGACACUCUGGUGAGCAGUCUGCGGAGCAGUAUGGUGUACAUCUACGCCGACUCGGACCACUGGGACUCGUUCCGCAACCUUUUCAUUCACAAUAAAUGA